AUGCCCGGCGGCGGCUGGCAGGCACGGCGCCUGGCGCUGGGCUUGGUGCUGGCCAUCCUGAGGGAGGCGGCGGCUCAGGCGUGCCCUGCGCAGUGCUCCUGCUCGGGCAGCACCGUGGACUGCCACGGCCUGGCGCUGCGCGGGGUGCCCCGGAACAUCCCCCGCAACACCGAGAGGCUGGAUUUGAAUGGAAAUAACAUCACACGGAUUACCAAAAUGGAUUUUGCCGGUCUCAGACAUUUGAGAGUUCUUCAGCUUAUGGAGAAUAAGAUCAGCACCAUUGAAAGAGGAGCAUUUCAGGAUCUUAAAGAACUGGAGAGACUGCGUCUAAACAGAAAUCACCUUCAGCUGUUUCCUGAGUUGCUGUUUCUUGGGACUUCGAAGCUCUACAGGCUAGACCUCAGUGAAAACCAAAUCCAGGCAAUUCCAAGGAAGGCUUUCCGUGGAGCAGUUGACAUUAAAAAUUUGCAGCUGGAUUACAACCAGAUCAGCUGUAUCGAAGAUGGGGCGUUCAGGGCUCUCCGGGACCUGGAAGUGCUCACUCUCAACAAUAACAACAUCACCAGACUUUCUGUGGCGAGUUUCAACCAUAUGCCUAAGCUUAGGACUUUUCGACUGCAUUCCAACAACCUGUACUGUGACUGCCACCUGGCCUGGCUCUCGGACUGGCUGCGGCAGAGGCCUCGCGUGGGUCUCUACACGCAGUGCAUGGGCCCCUCCCACCUGAGGGGCCACAAUGUGGCUGAGGUGCAGAAGCGAGAGUUUGUCUGCAGUGGUCACCAGUCAUUUAUGGCUCCUUCUUGCAGCAUCUUGCACUGUCCAGCCACUUGCACCUGUAGCAACAAUAUCGUAGACUGCCGUGGGAAAGGUCUUGCAGAGAUCCCCACGAAUCUGCCUGAGACCAUCACAGAAAUACGUCUGGAACAAAACUCGAUCAAGGUCAUCCCUCCUGGAGCUUUCUCACCAUAUAAAAAGCUUAGAAGAAUUGACCUGAGCAAUAACCAGAUCUCCGAACUGGCACCAGACGCCUUCCAAGGACUGCGCUCCCUGAAUUCACUUGUUCUCUAUGGAAAUAAAAUCACAGAACUCCCGAAGAGUUUAUUUGAAGGAUUAUUUUCCUUACAGCUACUAUUGUUGAAUGCCAACAAGAUAAACUGCCUUCGGGUAGAUGCUUUCCAGGACCUGCACAACCUGAACCUUCUCUCCUUGUACGACAACAAACUCCAGACCAUCGCCAAGGGGACCUUCUCGCCUCUCCGGGCCAUUCAGACUAUGCAUUUGGCCCAAAACCCCUUUAUUUGUGACUGCCAUCUCAAGUGGCUCGCGGAUUAUCUCCACACCAACCCCAUCGAGACCAGCGGUGCCCGCUGCACCAGCCCCCGGCGUCUGGCAAACAAAAGAAUCGGACAGAUCAAAAGCAAGAAAUUCCGUUGUUCAGGUACAGAAGAUUAUCGAUCAAAGUUAAGCGGGGACUGCUUUGCAGACUUGGCUUGCCCUGAAAAGUGCCGCUGCGAAGGGACCACGGUCGAUUGCUCCAAUCAAAAGCUUACCAAGAUCCCAGACCACAUUCCCCAGUACACUGCGGAACUGCGUCUCAAUAAUAAUGAAUUCACCGUGUUAGAAGCUACUGGAAUCUUCAAGAAACUUCCUCAGUUACGCAAAAUAAACUUUAGCAACAAUAAGAUUACAGACAUCGAAGAGGGAGCUUUCGAAGGAGCAUCUGGUGUAAAUGAAAUACUUCUCACGAGUAAUCGUUUGGAAAAUGUGCAGCAUAAGAUGUUCAAGGGAUUGGAAAGCCUCAAAACAUUGAUGUUGAGAAGUAAUCGCAUCAGCUGUGUGGGGAAUGACAGCUUCAUAGGGCUGAGUUCUGUGCGGCUGCUUUCCUUAUAUGAUAAUCAAAUCACUACGAUUGCGCCAGGGGCUUUUGACACUCUCCAUUCCUUAUCUACUCUAAACCUUUUGGCCAAUCCUUUCAACUGUAACUGCCACCUGGCAUGGUUGGGAGAAUGGCUCCGGAAGAAAAGAAUUGUAACGGGCAACCCUCGCUGCCAGAAACCCUACUUCCUCAAAGAGAUCCCCAUCCAGGAUGUGGCUAUCCAAGACUUCACCUGUGAUGACGGAAACGAUGACAAUAGCUGUUCCCCGCUGUCCCGCUGUCCCGCCGAGUGCACCUGCCUGGAUACAGUGGUUCGAUGUAGCAACAAGGGCUUGAAGGGUCUGCCCAAAGGGAUCCCAAAAGAUGUCACUGAAUUGUACCUGGAUGGGAAUCACUUCACACUGGUUCCUAAGGAACUCUCUAACUACAAACACUUAACACUUAUAGACUUAAGUAACAACCGAAUAAGUACCCUUUCUAACCAGAGCUUCAGCAACAUGACCCAGCUCCUUACCUUGAUUCUUAGUUACAACCGUCUGAGAUGUAUUCCUCCACGAACCUUUGAUGGAUUGAAGUCUCUUCGAUUACUUUCUUUACAUGGAAAUGACAUUUCUGUUGUGCCUGAAGGUGCUUUCAAUGAUCUUUCCGCAUUAUCACACCUAGCAAUUGGAGCCAACCCUCUGUACUGUGACUGUAACAUGCAGUGGUUAUCCGAGUGGGUGAAGUCGGAAUAUAAAGAACCUGGAAUUGCCCGUUGCGCCGGACCCGGAGAAAUGGCAGAUAAACUGUUACUCACAACUCCCUCCAAAAAAUUCACAUGUCAAGGUCCUGUGGAUGUGACUAUAUUAGCUAAAUGUAAUCCUUGCUUAUCAAAUCCAUGCAAAAAUGAUGGCACCUGUAACAAUGAUCCAGUUGACUUUUAUCGCUGUACCUGUCCAUAUGGUUUCAAGGGGCAGGACUGUGAUGUCCCAAUUCAUGCAUGUAUCAGUAACCCAUGUAAACAUGGAGGAACUUGCCACUUAAAAGAAGGUGACAAAGAUGGAUUCUGGUGUAUUUGUGCUGAUGGAUUUGAAGGAGAAUACUGUGAAGUCAAUAUUGAUGACUGUGAAGAUAAUGACUGUGAAAAUAAUUCUACUUGUGUGGAUGGGAUUAAUAACUACACAUGCCUUUGCCCACCUGAGUACACAGGCGAGUUGUGUGAGGAGAAGCUGGACUUCUGUGCCCAGGACCUGAACCCCUGCCAGCACGACUCCAAGUGCAUCCUGACGCCAAAGGGAGUCAAAUGUGACUGCACCGCAGGCUACAUUGGUGAGCACUGUGACGUGGAUUUCGAUGACUGCCAGGAUCACAAGUGUAAAAACGGGGCCCAUUGCAUGGACGCAGUGAAUGGCUACACAUGCAUCUGCCCCGAUGGUUACAGUGGCUUGUUCUGUGAAUUCUCUCCGCCCAUGGUCCUCCCUCGAACCAGCCCCUGUGACAAUUUCGAGUGUCAGAACGGAGCUCAGUGCAUCAUCAGGAUAAAUGAGCCCAUAUGUCAGUGUCUGCCUGGCUACCAGGGGGAGAAGUGUGAGAAGCUGGUUAGUGUGAAUUUCGUGAACAAGGAGUCCUAUCUUCAAAUCCCUUCGGCCAAUGUUCGGCCCCAAACGAACAUCUCACUUCAGAUUGCUACCGAUGAAGAUAGUGGGAUCCUCCUGUACAAGGGGGACAAGGACCACAUCGCUGUAGAGCUCUACCGGGGACGCGUGCGCGCCAGCUAUGACACUGGCUCUCACCCGGCCUCUGCCAUUUACAGCGUGGAGACGAUCAAUGAUGGAAACUUUCACAUUGUGGAGCUACUUGCCCUGGACCAGAGUCUCUCCCUCUCUGUGGAUGGAGGGAGCCCCAAAAUCAUCACUAACUUGUCAAAGCAGUCCGCUCUCAAUUUUGACUCCCCACUCUAUGUAGGAGGCAUGCCCGGGAAAAACAAUGUGGCUGCCGCCCUGCGCCAGGCCCCCGGGCAGAAUGGCACCAGCUUCCAUGGCUGCAUCCGCAACCUCUACAUCAACAGCGAGCUGCAGGACUUCCGCAAGGUGCCCAUGCACACCGGCAUCCUGCCCGGCUGCGAGCCAUGCCACAAGCAGGUGUGCGCCCACGGCACGUGCCAGGCCAGCAGCCAGUCUGGCUUCACCUGCGAGUGUGAGGAAGGAUGGACCGGGCCCCUCUGUGACCAGAGGACCAAUGACCCCUGUCUUGGAAAUAAAUGCGUGCAUGGCACCUGCUUGCCCAUCAACGCCUUCUCCUACAGCUGUAAGUGCCUGGAGGGCCACGGAGGUGUGCUGUGUGAUGAAGAGGAGGACCUGUUCAACCCCUGCCAGGCCAUCAAGUGUAAGCACGGGAGGUGCAGGCUGUCUGGCCUGGGGCAGCCCUACUGCGAAUGCAUCAGCGGAUAUACCGGGGACAGCUGUGACCGAGAAGUCUCCUGCCAGGGGGAGCGGAUCCGAGACUAUUACCAAAAGCAGCAGGGCUAUGCCGCCUGCCAAACAACCAAGAAGGUGUCGCGGCUGGAGUGCAGAGGCGGGUGCGCGGGCGGCCAGUGCUGCGGGCCCCUGCGGAGCAAGCGGCGGAAAUACGCCUUCGAGUGCACGGACGGUUCAUCCUUCGUGGAGGAGGUGGAGAAGGUGGUCAAGUGCGGCUGCAGCAGGUGUGCCUCCUAA